AUGCCAAUAACCAAUCUCAUCCGACCCUCCCUCUCUGCAGUCCCACCACCCCAUCGCGCUGGUAUACAACGAGCUGCACCCGUAGUGGAUCAAAAGCGUCACUUUCUUCCUGCACUGGCGCCGCAGCCUCAGGUCCCUCGCGCUCACCUUCACGCACUUCACCAGCACGACAAACUUCACUCGCCGCUCAACCGGACCUUCGCCUCCCUCACCUCGCUCACUCUCAAGCUGCGCGGCUGUGUCGACAAAUCCUACCUGAAUGCUGAGUACCACCAAGUAGAGGACAUUCCCUGGACCUGCACCUUGGACUGCCCGGCUCUGGAGCGGCUGAAGCUCGGCCGGGGCAGGUGGAACCUGCAGCACGGCUGGGCUGAGGGGUUCAAGUCGUUGCGCAGCUUGACUCUCAAGCACGUGGAUUGGGAAUAUGCGGAUGUUAAGUAUUUGGGCACGGUCACACCGCGGCUGGCGGAAUUCACGCUACAUCAUAGCUGGAAUUUGGAGGACCCAUCCCCAGGCCCCGGUGGCGGCGGCACAUUCCGUUUCGACUUAUCGAAGGCUCAAAUCGUCUGCUUUUACUUCCCCCAGAGCAGCCUCAAGCUCUUCCUCACCCUCUCUACCUCGCUCGAGACCUUCUCAGCCAUGGCCAAGAGGCUCGUGCUUACCUGCAAGAGCACCGAACCUCUUGCCCUCCACCACCUCUCACUGUAUGGCCAGCAGCGGCUUGUCAUCUCCUCCUUCCACCUCGCUUCCGUACGAGUGGCCUACCUCAACGGCCCUCCCAAAGACCUCCAUCCCCACGAUGACCACUACUCUCAUGACCCCUACUCUUCCAACCUGGACUUCUAUGAAUUCCUUGGGAUUGUCGUGGAGAGUGAGGAGCGGUUUGAGGUGGAUUUGAAGGUUGAGAAGUGCAGGGAUGAUGCUGCAGCAGCAGCAGCAGCAGUGGCAGUGGCAGCAGCAGCAGCAGCAGCAGCAGCAGCAGCAGCAGCAGCAGCAGCAGCAGCAGCAGCAGCAGCAGCAGCAGCAGCAGCAGCAGUGGCAGUGGCAGCAGCAGCAGCAGUAGCAGCAGCAGCAGCAGCAGCAGCAACAGAAGCAGCGUCGGCAGCAGCAGCCGCAGCGGCAGCGGCAGCAGCAGCAGCAGCUUUUGCAGGAGCAGCAGGAGCAGCAGCAGCAACAACAACAACUUUUGCAGCCGUAGCCAUAGCCGUAGCCGUAGCUGUAGCCAUAGCCGCAGGAAAGAAGGCGUACGUGAUUGCGAUCAGGCGGCGGAUCAUACCCGAGAAGCUCGCGGAUUUCCCUGAGUGUGACGUGCUGGUGCUGGUGGCGUGUGUGGAGGGUGUACUGCUGGAUGGCAUGGGGCAGGGCAGCAGCGGUGGCAGCAGCGGUGGCAGCAGGGCGUUCUAUGCGCCGCUGAUGGCGCUGGAAGAGGGGCGGGAGUGGACGGUAGCACCAGCAGCAGCGGCGGCGGCAGCAGCAGCAUCGGAUCAAUCUUUGGCUGUCUGGCAGGACAUGGCUCUUUUUGCUCUGCCCGUUUCAUCCGACUUGGCGCGGGCGUCCGGCCAAUCGGGGUACGCCACGUCAGCAUUGGUGGAGGCGCGAUCGGGAUCGGAGUUCCUAGCACUGUGGCGUGACUAUAAGGGGCUGGAGGUUCCCUGGUUCAUGGUGCCUGGUGGGACGCCGGGGGGGGCGUCUGGGGAAGGGGGAGGGGAUGCAAGAGGGACAGGGGAUGCGAGAGGGGGAGGGGAUGAGGGAGGAAGGGAGGAUGGUGGAGGGGUGGGUGCUUUCAUGCCGAGAGUGGCUCCGGCGAUUGAUGCAGUGAGGGUGGUGGAGGGGAGGGAGGGCCGUGCUGCAGGGUAUGUGGAUGAACCACAGAAGGGAUAG